GGCCGGCGACCCGCAGGCGGGGCCGGAGCUGCAUUGUGGGACCUGCGGCGAUCGUGUAACCCCGCGGUCGCAACUUGCUCCCUGCGCUGGUCACUGGAGCCCGCUCUCCGGUCCUGCCGGCAGCCAGCCUAAGACCCAGGGCCGAGAGGAAGUGUUGGAGCCCGGAGUUCUCCCUGGAGUUCGCUCUGCGUCGCCAGGAGGACGUGUCUGCCUGGCCUCGGACCUCUGCUCCCGCCGCUUCCGCCGACCGCCCUGGAGCUGUUGAAGGACGUCCAUGUGGGCCUGGACCCGCCAUGCCGCGGCCCCGCUCGCCUGGCGGUCCUCUCGGGCCACUACCUCUACUAUCACUACGGCUGCGAUGGGCUAGACGACCGGGGCUGGGGCUGCGGCUACCGCACAAUACAGACGCUGUGUUCGUGGCCAGAGGGCCAGCCCACGGGUGUGCCUGAACUGGCCGCCGUGCAGAAGGCCCUGGAGGACAUGGGCGACAAGCCCCCCGGGUUCCGGGGCUCCCGGAACUGGAUCGGCUGUGUAGAGGCCAGCCUCUGCCUCGCUCACUUCGAAGGGCCUCAGGGGCGCCUGUGCCACGUGCCACGUGGAGCGGGGAUUCGGGGGCAAUUGGAGAGGCUCUACUCCCACUUCUCAGGGGGUGGGGGCCCUGUGAUGGUCGGGGGAGAUGCGGACGCCCAGUCCAAGGCCUUGCUGGGAGUCUGCAUCGGGCCAGGCACAGAAGCCUAUGUCCUGGUAUUGGACCCUCACUACUGGGGCCCUCCAAAAACCCCCAGUGAACUACAGGCUGCUGGGUGGGUGGGCUGGCGGGAGGUAAGCACAGCCUUUGACCCCAACUCCUUCUACAACCUGUGCUUGACCAGCCAUAACGCCGAAAAGCAGCAGCAUGCCCUGGACUGAGGGUAAAGGUCCCAGAACUGAGACUGGCUCUCUGAUCCCAUACAUGUGCACCUAUUUACCACAAAGGGGUCCCAGCAAAGCCUGAGGCCUUGAGCAUCAAUAAAAAAGUGGCAA